UCAGUGGCAGUGGCGCUGUGUUUUCUAUGAUAGAGGUUAAAUUGGCGAGGGAGAAUUCUGUCAAUAGCGUUAAGCCCCUGACACUUGGAAUUAUUUUGAACAUGGAUUGAAAAUAGAUUCAAUUUCAGCUGAGAAAUUACACAUAAUUUACUACUCAUGGCUGCUCAUAAAUCGGGUGGACAAAGUGGUAGGAAGAAAGUGCAGGUAUCUUUUGUGAUACGAGAUGAGGUGGAAAGAAGACAUAGGGCUGGAGUCAAUUCUUUGCAGUAUGAUGCUCAUCUCAACAGGCUUUAUUCCGCUGGCAGAGAUAGUAUUAUUCGCAUUUGGAAUUGUAAAAAUAUCAAGGAGCCAUAUACGUUAUCCAUGGAACAUCACACAGAUUGGGUCAAUGACAUUGUUCUUUGCUGUGGAGGGAAAAACUUAAUAUCGGCAAGCUCGGACACCACGGUGAAGGUAUGGAAUGCACAUAAAGGUUUCUGUAUGUCCACCCUGCGCACUCACAAGGAUUAUGUGAAGGCAUUAGCUUAUGCCAGAGACAGAGAGCAGGUUGCUUCAGCUGGCCUAGAUAGGGCUAUCUUCCUGUGGGACGUUAAUACCCUCACUGCUCUGACAGCAAGCAACAACACUGUAACCACAUCAUCCUUAAAUGGAAAUAAAGAUUCUAUCUAUAGCUUAGCAAUGAAUCCAUCUGGUACAGCAAUUGUAAGUGGAAGCACAGAGAAGGUUCUGAGGGUGUGGGACCCACGGACAUGUGCUAAACUCAUGAAACUUAAAGGUCACGCUGAUAAUGUUAAGGCCCUGGUACUGAAUCGUGAUGGCACACAAUGUCUGUCUGGUAGCUCUGAUGGUUUCAUCAAACUGUGGUCACUUGGCCAGCAGCGUUGCAUUACAACAAUACGGGUCCAUGAUGAGGGUGUGUGGGCACUUCUGACAACAGAGAGUUUCAGUCACGUGAUCUCUGGGGGUCGGGACCGUAAAAUAUUCAUGACAGAUCUGCGAAUCCCAGAACGUCCGGUACUGAUAUGUGAAGAGACCGCGCCAAUUUUGAAAAUGGUGAUGACUCCAGACCAAGGGUCCCUGUGGGUUGCAACAUCAGAAUCUUGUAUCAAGAACUGGGCAAUACCGAAGAGAGACUCUCAACUUGCUGAUAAUGGAGAUGAAGAAAUCCUAAAACCUCUUAGUCUAAAACCAGAGCUAGUAAUCAAAGGCGGUCCUGCAGUACGGCAUUAUCAUAUCCUUAAUGACAAACGGCACAUCCUCACGAAGGACACUGAGAAUAAUGUUAUGGUUUAUGAUGUACUCAAGGCUUGUAAACUAGAUGACCUGGGUCAAGCUGACUUUGAAGAAGAAGUGAAGAAAAGAUUUAAAAUGGUGUAUGUUCCAAAUUGGUUCAAUGUGGAUUUGAAAACAGGGAUGCUGACCAUUCACCUAGGUCAGGAUGAGAAUGAUUGUUUUUCUGCAUGGGUGUCUGCGAGGGAAGCUGGUCUGGCUCCCAAUGAUAUGGUAGAUCAAAAAGUGAAUUAUGGUAAUUUGCUGCUUCAAGCCUUGUUAGAACACUGGUGGAGACCUCUACAGGUGGACGAAGAUACUGAAUGUCAAGGAGACCAUCAAGGAACAGGACAGACACGGGGAGGAAAUGAAUACUUCUCUGUACCUGGCCACACACCAGUAAUAUUUAGUGAGGUUGGAGGUCGGACACUGUAUCGUUUGCUCGUCAGGGAUGCUGGGGGAGAGACUGAAGGUGUUCUGCUCAAUGAGACUGUGCCUCCUUGGGUAGUGGAUAUUGUUGUAGAGAAAAACUUGCCAAAAUUUAUAAAAAUCCCCUUCUACUUACAACCGCAUGUAUCAUCAGGCGUUAAAAGCCUUAAGAAAGACCGUUUGAUUGCCAAUGACUUCAUCCAGGUCCGUAAGGUGGCUGAACAUGUGUAUGAGAAGGUGCUGGGAGCAGGUUCAGAGUCUGGUUCUGUAGCAGGUCCAAGUUCCCCUGGGACAGAACGCACUGAUCCUGAGCGCCAGGAAACCGGUUCUAUAACUGAAGAUAGGGUUGAACUCCUUUGUAAUGACCAGGUUUUGGAUUCCAAUAUGGAUUUGCGGACCGUAAGACAUUUCAUCUGGAAGUCUUCAGCUGACCUGACAUUGUAUUACCGUCCUCUGAAAUAGGAUCGGAGCUGUCCAGGAGUGUCCUGGCUCAUUGGUAAGAGAAGUAGUUGAUGACCAGGUUAUAAAACCUUCUGUUGUUACUACCAGGGCAUGCAGUGAUUUCCUGGGGAGAAGAAAGCAACAAUGCAUUGAGAAUUGUAUCAAAAAGAAAAUACUUGGUAUAGUUUUGUUGCUAGAAAAAUAUAACAAGGGAGGAGAGAAAAUUUGAGAACUGAAUAUAUAUGGAAUUAUGGGAAAUUAUAUUUAAUGGUGGGAGAUCUCAUUUUGUGGGAAUGUAUAUUAGGGAUGGAGUAGAUGUUCAUAAUGCAAAUAAAAGAAGUUAGAUAUAUAUGUAAGAAAUGUCAUUCUACAGGGUUAUUACAAAUGAAAUAUACAUUUUUAGAAAUUUAUUCUGAAUGAACUAAUUGUCUUGUGAAAGUUAUAUUAUUGUCAGUUGAAACAAUAAUUGAAAUAGCUUUGUGUUUGAAGUUGGAAAAAGGUUUAGGUUAAGAAGACAAACAUUAAGGUUCUUCUAAAUGCAUAUAAAGAGUUUCUGGGAGAUCAAUUGGCCAUGAAUGUAUUGCAUCAUUAUCAACUGAAGUCAGUGACUUCAAAUUUUGAAUCUGAGAAACCAUUCAUUACUGGCAAAAGGAACAUGGCAAAAAGUUUGGAAUGGUGUCCUGCAUCAUUUGGAAGUUAUCAGUAAAACUCAUAUGAGUAUCUGUGAUGUAAAAGAAAUGCUUCCAUUUGCAUUGAUGCUAAUAUAACUUGCAGUUUGUUCAGAAUGAAUUAGAACUAUAUACUUCAUUUGUAAUUGACCUGUAUAUGAAUAGGUAUUGGAAGGGUCAAAUUGUAUGGACUGAAGACACUUACAGUGUUAGUAUUGACUCUCUUGUCUUCCCUUAUUUUAGUACUGCAAGACUGUAUUGAAAGUAGAAUGAGAAUUGUAUUAUUUUCAAAUAAAUUAUUAAUUAAUUGGAAUAAGUAAUCAAUCCAGGCAGUAGAAGUGCUGUUCACAGUAUUCAACACUAAAUGUAUGUAUGUCUGUAGAAAUGCAUAUAAUCAAAACGAGAAAUACUGAUAAGGGAGGAAGCAUAAAAUUAUGUUGCAGUGACAGGAAGAAAUAGAUCACUGAAAAUACUAAUGGUUGUAAAAAUACUGUAUUUUCCUGAUAAAUCUGAUACCAAGCUUAUAAGCAUGAAAAAAGAAAACUAUAAAAAAAAAUCUGUUUUACAGUUGUAGCUGAGCUAGAGAAGCUACUGACCAUGCAUUGGAUGGCAAGGGUUUGAUCGCUGGGAGGGAUUUUGGGAGUCUUUUCUUUAGAACCAUGUCUGAGAUAGCUCUGGGAGUUGAUUCAGCUUGACAUAUGGGGAAAUGGGCCCUUUUCCUAAUUGUAAAGGUGACCACAGAACAACAUAAUGUGCCAGCUGUUGAUGUCAAGACAAUACUAGCAAAGCUGAUGCAUAAAUUUCAAAAUAUCUGAGAAAUGUGAUACAGCUGUUUGGGCAGAGCAGCUGAUUGUAUCUUAGUGGUGAUCAUAUUUAUCAGUAGGUUAAUAAUUGCUGUGUAUGAAUAUAUUAGCGACUAAAAUGUGCAUUUGAUUUGUUUUUACAAUAUUUGACGUUUCACUCAUGGUCCCACAUCUCUGGCUAAAAUAUAAGUUUAAAUUUUCUGUCUGGAUGUUUGUAAGUCCUUUAUUUCUUCCUGUGUGUACAAUAUUAAUUUUAAGUGUGCAAAAUUAGUAUUUUCAUAGUAAAAUAUUCUCAGACUACUAUAUGAAUGUUAGUUAAUGUGGUAUUCAUAGAAGUUUGUGUCUGUUUUAGUACUGAUAAUAUGACUGUUUACAACUUUAUUCUGAAAAUUCUGUUACUUUUAGGACCAUCAUGAUGAUAUUUUGUUGUAUUACAAUUUAAUGAUGUAUAUUGAAUCAUAAUUACAUUCUGACAUCUCAUUGCUUCAUUGUUUUUGUCAUUUAGUUUAAAAGUGAUGAUUGAAUUAUCCAUCACCAGAAGUUCACAAUAAUCCUGACUAUGUGUGUUUAUGAAAAUAAAUUUGUUAUUAUUAUUUGAUUUAUAUGAAUAAUUAUGAGUAUAAAUUUUGUACUGCAUGCAGCAAUAUCAAUAAUACCGACUCCAUAUAUUCAUAAAAUUUAAGAUAGCGACAUGUUAAAGAAAGUAUCCAUUUUUAUGUUGCAUAAUUUGUCACUAACGUAAAAAGAAAGCUUUAGUGCCAUAAGUGCAAAUUACCACACAGUCUACCUUAUAUACUGUUUAUAGUUAGAAUGAACAAGUGAAUCCCCAACACAAUGUCUGUAGGAUUGAGGUUCUCAGAUUGUUGGUUAUGUAGAGUUCUGUCUUCUGGGAUAUAACUCCGUGUAGUUCAUUAAAGUCAACUAAUGCUUCAGAGGAAUGUGUCCCCACAUCUCAUCUGCAGGAUUAGUCAAUCAAGAAACUAGCAUGAAGCAAGCAGAACUCUGAAGGUAGGGUCAAAAUGUUCCUCUGAAAUAUCAGUUGACUUUCAGCAGACUACAUGAUGUUCUGUUACAGAAUGCAGAACUCUUCAGCAGAAUGUAUAUCAUUUUAUUUUGCAAAUAUUUUCUGUCUAUUCAUAAUUUCAUACAGUACUGUGCAUGCAGCAUGUCCAUAUUGUUUGCCAAACUGUCGAUUUCCUGUUAGAUAGUCGUUACACAGUGAAACAAAGAUACAGCAUAUUCUUAAGGAAUUUCAACAUUCUAUUUCAGUACCCGGCCUAAACACACUCAAUGCUUAAUAUUAUUUGUAUAAAAUCAUUAACCAUAGUAUGUAAAUAUUAUAAGACUUUAAUUUUUUAGAUAUGAAAAUGGAGAAGAAACUUGUGUUAUUUUUGGGUUGAUGCAUUCUUGACAAUUUUUUCUCUGUCACCAUGUCCAUAACUGCUCUGGAGUCCACUAAUGGUUAUCCUUGGGCAAAAGCAGCUGAAGGGUGAAGGUGACUGCUGUAGGCUGUAUAAUUUAUGGAGUUUUACAUCCUGUCUGCUUUUUGAUCUCUUUGCGUGGUACUUGACACAAGGGAAACUGUAUCUUCCCCAUCUCAAUUUGAUGUUUUUUAAUUUAAUUAAUGAAAAUUUCUUAGCCAGGAUAGCUUAGUCAGUACAGCAACUAGGUAAUGGGCUGGACAGCUGAGGAAUCAAUGUUCAGUUCCCAACAGGAGCCAGAGAUUUUCUCUUCUCCAUAGCAUCCAGACUGGCCCUGGAACCCAUAAACCCACCCAGUCCUAUGACAAUGGGUGCCAGAGUCUGUUUCCCCAGGCAUAAAAUGGCAGGGGCUUGAAGCUGACCACUCACUUCUUUCUAGUGUCAAGGUUAAAUAUGGUGGACCUCGAUUAAGUAUAUGGAUAAUUUUACCUCCAUAUUUAGUGAAAGUUCAAAAUCUCAGGGAAUGGAAUGUCUGAAAAUAGUGCUGUGAUAUAGGUACAUUCCACAUAAAAAUGGGAUAUCUUUCCACUAUAAUCUUAUGUUUCUCUUAAUCAUGCAAGAUAGAUUCUAGAUGGAAUCUUAUAAGUUUCCUCUCCAUAUAAAAUUUGAACCAUCCUGACGUCAUCACAUCAGCAUACCAUUACACAAAACUUACAUGAAAGAAUGCACAAAUAACUUUUGUUUGAUACUGAAGUCUGAAAAAAUUUGCAUAUACAAACAGUUAACUAUUUUGCUGUGCAAUUAUUGACAUACUUUUGGACAAAUGAUCUCUGUUAUUUUCUUUUUGGUCAGUGUACAGCGUAAUGUAUUCAGAAAGAUAUUUUUAUCUGCCAGCAACAAAUGUAUUACUCUUCAAUGAAUAGUUCCUGUUCUUAUUCAUAUAAUUAUGGCAUUAUAUAAGACCAGUUGCUGAAUGGUUGUAUUGCUGAUAAUUGAUAUUAGCACCAAGAAAAUCUUUUCCAUUUAACUUCACACAAUUACUGCAUUAUAAUUACAUAUUUGUAAGUUGAUAAAAGUAAUUUUUUUAAAGAAAGCUAAGCUGAUGCAAGUAUGUUUAUCUUCAGAAGGUAACAUUGUACUGUAAACAUGUUUUAAAUUAGCUGGAGUAUAAGUUAAAAAAUCUUUUCAAGGCUGUAGUUUAAGUAUUUUAAUUAUGAUUCUGUACUAUUUCAUAGAUGAUUUUGUGUACCAAUAGCUCCAAGUACAUGUUUGGAAUGUGAGGUCAUUGAGCUCUUGUUGAUGACAUGAAGUUGUUAUUCUCAAAUGAAAGCUCAUAUGUAAGGCAAGAAAUUAUUAACUAACCCCUAUCAUUCCUAAGAAAAUAAAUGACUUCUUUUCCAUAUUUUCAUGGUUACUUUUUAUUUUAUAUUGUUAAAAUUAACAAACAGUUUGGUUUCUGAAUUCUAAAGAUAACAGAAGAGGUUUCAUUUAUUUAACAAAUAGCAAACAUAUUUAAGUGAGAAAAGAAUUAUGUUCUUAAACAGUUAAAGGGUUUAAAAAUGUAACCCUUCCAGUACUAAGUAGAAGGCUCCAAUGUAUAAGCCUGUGGUGGUAAAUUCCAGAAUGAUAUGUAAAUGGUGGAAAAUAAUCUUAAUAUGGAAAGUAACAUGAAAAUAAAAAUAUAAAGAUUUAAAAUAAUCAGUAGUGAAGGUUGCAUUUGUCUAUGUUAUUAAAUUUUGUUCAUUUUUAUGUUGCUUCUGAUAAUUUGUAUUAAGCAUGUAGAAUUGGUGAAGAUGAUGAUAAUCAAAAUAUGUAAUGGAGUAAAUGGGUAAUUUAGGAUAUUACAUAAUGAGGAACUUCAUGGUUUAUUCAGGUCACCUAGUAUUAGAUAAUGAAAUCUAUUUUCAUGUAUUUGUUUAUGGUUUUAGAUAAUGACAUUUUUAAAAGUUCAAAUUACAUAGGGUCAAAUAAUUUUAUAGUGAAUAAUGAAUUUGACAGGAUGUGGAAGGAAACAGACUUGUCCUAUGUGCAGUUUCAGAUUCUCAACAGUGAUGAGUAUAGUGAGGACUUUAAACUGGGAUGAGAUACCAUGUAGUUGGUAGAAGUUUACCAGAGUUUUUGAGGAACGUACGUCCUCCAUCUUAAGAUUCAAAGCCAAGCAAGCAGCACUAACUUCUAUCAGACUACACGGUGUCAAAUCCCAUAAAAUAGUAUUGUUCACAGGUAUGGCCUAUUUUAAGAUAACUUCCUGACAUUUAUGUGGGAGGGGCCAGAGUCAAUAUUGAAAAUCUUAGUCAGAAUUGCUGAUCCCUGGACUAAGAUUUGAAAUCAAGACCUUGGAAUACAAAGCAGGAAUGUGAAAAACUUGUUAGCAGUAUGUGGUACUGAAAAUUAGAAGAUUGACAUGGGCUGUGUGUGUGUGUGUGUGUAGCUUUUUUUUUUUUAUUAUUAUUUGAUGGCUGCUAUGAGAUGUAAGCAAAAUAUUACAAAGACUGGUUCGCUUGAACUAACAAUCUGUUUUAAUUUGACACUAAGUUACUAAGAUUAUAUGAAGUUAAAUUCACCCAUCGGAUCCCUCAGCUGUCAGGCUGCUUGGCUAGUUCGUAAGGUUUGGUCCGUUUGAGUCACCUAGUUAGGUUUCCUACAUUUAGGAGCUUGGACGCUUCUUCAUUGACGUGUUGUCGAAGUCGGUUUUCAUGUUAGGUGGUGUAUCUUGCAAUAAUGGAUGCGACUGUUUCGACAUCGAGGUCUCGAUGGAGGUCCCUGUUGCGUACACACCAGGGCGCAUCUGCUGUGCGUCUUAGUACUUUGUUCUGGUAUCGUUGGAUUACUUUGAUGUUGCAUUUUUUCGCACAUCCCCAUAAUUGGAUGCCAUAUGUCCGGACUGGUCACAGCAUUUGUUUAUACAGGAGCAGCUUGUACAUUGACAGUUCUGAUCGACGUCCGAUCAGCCAGUACAUUUUUCGAAAUUUGAUUUGCAUUUCCUCUUGCUUCCUCUUAAUAUGCUCCCUCCAUCGGAGUUUAGCAUCAAGUAUCAUUCCGAGGUACUUUGCUGUGUUGGCAGGUGGUAUUCUUACUCCAUUUAGUGAGAUUGGUCGCUGAUUAAUAUUUUGGUUGCUGUACGUAUAUUUGGUUUCAUUGAGCUUGAUAUGCCAUUUACGUGUCCAGAUGGUGAUAUUAUCAGCUGCUGAUUGCAGUUUUGUUGUUGAUUCCUUGAAUGUGUUUCCUGUCGCCAUCGCUGCGGUGUCAUCUGCAAAUGUGGCAAUCAUGCAGUUUGGUGUUUGUGGUGCAUCAUUGAUAUAAAGUAAAUAGAGGACCAGUCCCAGAUCGCUUCGGCUCGGAUUUCUUUUAAUUCUGAAUAUGUAUCUUCGUGUUUGAUGCGAAAUUUUCGCUCCUUUAUGUAUGAUUUGAGUAGCUGAUAGUACGAAUCAGGAAGAAUCGAUUUUAGUUUAUGUAUCAGGCCGUUGUGCCAUACUCAAUCAAAUGCUUGUGCUAUGUCGAGAAAUAUUGUUGAGCAUACUUUUUUAUCUUCAAGAGAUUUUUCUAUGACAUCGGUUAUUCUGUGCACUUGGUCAAUAGUUGAGUGCUUACUGUGAAACCCAAACUGGUGGGAUGGGACAAGUUGGUAUUUUUCGAUGUUUGGUUUGAGAUGUUUCAGGAUCAGUUUUUCGAACAGCUUCGACAUAAUCUGUAACAGUGCAAUUGGCCGAUAUGAUUCUACUUCAUUGUGGUUUUUACCAGGUUUUGGUAUCAUAAUUAUUUCUGACAUUUUCCAAGAUGCUGGUAUGUGCUUUAGUCUGAUUGAGGCAUUGAUUAGUGUGGUUAGUUUUACUAAGGCUUUUCUUUGAAGUUUUUUAAUAAUUGUACCUGUGAUCAUAUCAAAGCUAGGGGCUUUCUUCGGGUUGAGGUUUGUACGAAUUUCUUCAGCUACUUCUUUUGGUGUGACUAGCGGGAUUGCGUCCUCAUAGUCGUUUGGGCCGAGUUCAGGCAGUUCGUCUGGUCCUGGGUUAGGCAGGAACCUGCUUCUGAGGUGUUCCGCAAACGUUUCUACUUUAGCGUUGUUAUUGCGGGCCCACUGUCCAUCAGUUUUCAGACUGGGGUUACCUGUGUGAUAGGGUGUUUGAGGUACUUCGUGCUUUCCACAGGGAGUAUUCCUUGCUAUGAUGCAUUUUAGGAGUGGGAUCCCAGUUCGAAAUUGAUCACUUGGAAGACUGAGAAGGGAAUGUGUCUUAUAGAAUUAGAUUGUGAUAAUGAGCAGAGGGUGGAGCUGGCUGAGGAUGAUAAUGGCAUUGACAUCUAAGAAUUUAGAAGGAAUGAGCAGAGACAAGAACUUUGACUAACAUGAUGUAAUUUCUAAAGAUGCUAAGCUGAUACUUGAUUGUGGUUAGCUUAGUUGAUAAAGAAGUUUCUUCUUAUUUAAAUCUUUACUUCUUUGUGGGUCAUUGAUGAAUUUUCAGAAAGAAUGUUAUUUCUGUGUACAUUAUCCUACUCAGGGUAGCUCUUUGGCCUAGUCAAGCUUGUGCCCACUGGGUAUGUUUGGAUAUAUGGCCUCAUUUGAAAUUGUUUAUGUAAUCAUCUAGUGCUGAGUACUUGUGGAGCCUUACCUGUAUGCCCAUCUCCAAGCCAUCAUUACAGUGCAUAGCCAUAUUCAUAUCUGCUGAUUAUAUAUGGAUGAUCUCUGAUCAAAGUAAGAGAAAUGCCAAGGCCCAACUACUGAAAUAAAAAUAGUUUAAGUAAGUCCUACUGUAUUUUACUGAAAAAUAUAAGAAAUAUAUGCAUUGAAUAUGCCUAGAUCAUUUCUAUUGCAGCUGCUUAAUUUCAGGUAGUUUCUCUAAUGAUUUCAGUCUCCCACAAAAGAAAACUAAAGUUAUAUUUCUGAAUAAAGAGAACAUAAUUAAAGAGAAGUGAACCAACAAAAGAAUGAGAAAAAUUAUUCACUGAGGAACUUUAUGAUAGUGCCCUGCAUAUUUUUCAGUCAUUGGAAAAUGAGCUUUGAGGAUGUUAACUGAUUCAGGGUAGUUAAAUGGUAGGCUUAUGUGAUGUUAAGUGAACACAGUUUUUUCUUCAGCAAUUGAGUAUUUUAUUGGCUGUUCAAAAUGUACCUUACCAGGAAGUCGUUUACUUAAUUUCUGUAUUAUUUGUUAUUAAUUUUGGUUAGCUACAUGGAUGGGUUUAUCAGAAUUAUAAGCAUCGUCUCUCAGCUGACUAAGCAGGGGUACCCAUUAGCUUUCUGCUGGCAAUAUUAUAUCUGAGAAAACAGUUUCAUAUACAAUAUAAGCCUUGCGUUAUAAUGAGGUGUGGAAAAAUAAACACAUUGCUGUUCAGACAUAUUUCCAUUUUAUUGACACUUUCCCCAAAGAAUAGUACGGAACAGUUACUCGGGCCACCCGUCACUUGUGGAGGGAUGUACAGUCACUGGAACUAAGUAACGCAUGUGUUUGAAUGUAAGCAAGGUCUAACUGCAAUGAAAUUUGUUUUUUCUGGAUUAGUGAUGAAACUGUCAUAUUUGUAAUGUACUUUUGUAGUCAAAAAAUUCCUCAGUCUCUCUCUCAAAUCAUUUUUCUCAUUUUACUGCUUCUGACUGGCUCUGUUGUAUAAACAUUGUACUCUGUUAUUUGCAGCAUUUUAUGUAUCUACAUCAGAUAAUGGCCGAUGUUAUUGGAGGAAACUGCAAUAGCAAAUUCCUUUAUAGUAUUAAUAAUUAGUGUACAAAUGGCAAACCAUAUCUAGUAAUUUCUAUAUGCUAAUUUUUCUCAUAAGAAAUACUGGAAUUUGAUUUAAUUUUAUUAUUAGAGGUGUGCUUAUGUAAAAUGAUUGUAUAAAAUGUACAUAGGGUAUAAUAGACUCUUGUGACUUAGCUAAUAUUUUAUAAAUAUUUAAAAGAAAUCAGUAAUAAUGAAAGCUAAUUGAUAAGAUUGUAAAUAAAAUAAAAAAUUCUUUAUCUCUGA